GGACUUAUUUGGAGGACAAUUGAUUGAGUGUUGUUUUGCGGUCACCCGGACACCUACUGCCUGUCCAGGGGGUGUCACCUCUUUAACCAGGUCAGAUUUAUUGUAGCAACGGCCCAUGGUAACGCAGCGAGUCCAUGGCGACAUGGGUCGCGCUAUCUUGGAAAGUGUGAAGGAAUGCGACUGAUUGAGAGGUUCCUUUUGCGUUAAUAUCCCGCGAAAUGCUCUAUUAAUGGUAUAUCAAAAAGAAAACCUCUAGCCGACCACUGUUCUCUUGAAAGUAAAUAUGGGAUGCAGCAGCUCCAGGUUCACGGUGGUCGAGCCCGUGAGAUCAAGCGAGUUGGACGGAGGAGAGGAUGACACAGUGAGUAAACAAGGCUGUAGGGGCGACUCUGCAGUGUCAAAGUUAACCACAGACAGUGGAGUGGUCCUGGACACUGGUGAGGUCCCCACCUUACUGGGGGCUGUACCCAGGAAACUAUCACCACUGGCAGCCCACAUUCCUGGCCUGGCCCAGGAGAGUGGUGAGAGACCCAAGUCCAGUGACAUCCUGGAACAGCUUCGAGGCCAAGGCAUCAUCGCCCAGCCCAGGGAGAGGGCCAGCGGCGAGGCAUACAACAUCAUGAUUGAUGACAGAGAGACACCCAAACGUAGGCCUCCCCCUCACCUGGAGUCUCUGAAGGGCAAGAGGGACCAGUCUGUCACCAGCCAAGUGGACAUGGAGGAGAGGAUGAGACAGGCGGAGGAGGAACGGAAGGAGCUGAACGUGAACCUGAGGCCUAAGUCAGCUGGUGUCCAUGACCCAGAAGCUGCAUCAACAUCCGGAGAGGGGAACGUAGUCAGCCCUGUGGAGAUCCUCCACACCCCUGAUGCCCCUGAGACCCCACCCAGCCCAAGAGGCAUCCAGCAGGAGCCACUGGAUCCAGACCCAACUCAGACUCAUGGAGGAGGGGAUGGAGGGAGUGGAGGGGUCAGGGAGGGCGGGGGAGAGGGAGUCAGAAGUGGGCUCAGUGGGCAGCUUCUCUCAGCCUCUCUUGAGAUGGAGAAUGACUCCACAUUUCAACAGACUGAGCAAGCUGAGGAGCAAUUCUAGCACCUGGCUGGGAGCACCUUAUCUGUCUAUUGGAGCCAAGUGUGUCUGAGAAGGGAAGGAUGGAUGAAAGGAGAGAGGGAGGGAGAGGAUAGAGAGAUGGUGCAGGGGGAAUUAGAGGAAGAGUGAGCAGGUGAGGGAGAGAGGGAUCAGUGAUGUUUAUUUGUGUUUUUGUACACAAAAGAGCCGAGUGUAUGUGCAUACAGUCUGUUUCUAAGACUUGUUUGAUGUGGUAUAAAUAGAAGAGAUCUCUGAGGGUUUACUUUACGAUGCAAAAUCAUAUUGUAUAAAGGUGGGCAAUAUUAUUAUUUGAAAUUGAAAUCAUGAAGAUAUUUAUUUUCCAUUAAUUUAAAAAAGGUCAAGGGAUUCCCCCCGUUUUGUGUGUUGCAAAGUUGGACGUUGAGUUGAAAGCUGUUUUAGACACAAGAUGGCGGUGUUUCCAUGGAAUUAAAUUACUUCUUCAGCACUGUU